AUGGCUGCAGACAAGUCAAGGCCUUCUUCAUCGACUGCAGCCAAGAUGGGGCCUUUGAUGACGAAGUAUUCUGGUGUGCUCUCUACGAAAAGCCUUGAGGAUUUGCAGGCACGAGCGCUAUUUGAAAGUUGUGAAGGUUUGAGGAUGGACCCCUUAGCGAGAGUUGGCUCGGCGCGGCGAGGCAUCGUAGAUAAUUCGCAUCUUCGCUCGUCAGACUUGUCUUAUCUUAUAAGUCUUCGUUCAGGGUUUGUUUCUUUGCGGCAAGAAGACCGGUGCAUUGUUCAGCCAUAUAGUCCUCACCGUUUCAGCAGGCAGUUUGGUUUUGUCCAAAACUUGCCAGGCAAGCUGAAGGAAAAUAACCAAUCAACAUCUUUGCAAGCCGUGUAUAUGCAUUGGGAGUCUUGUACCCGUGCACGUACAAAUGCUGUUAUCAUGCUGCCAGCCAAGGACGAGUUCAAGAGUAAUCCAGUGACCCGUGUUUAUGCUCGUUGGUGGUCAAAGGUCAAUUAUAAGAACUUGGGGAGGGCAAGUGGUACCAAGUCUUCUUACUCGGGCAAUGAUAUGCCGAGAGAGGGCUAUCAUGUGGUUCCUAUGCAAGCGGUAGCUCUUGAUUGCACCAGUGCGGCUCCCUUACAAGAUAGACCUAUAACUUUAGCUCCCCAACGCCCAUGCUUGUCUCCUCGACAUCCGAAUGCUUCUGAAGAGGCGGGAGAUGAAGUUGACUCACACGAAGAUGGAUUUAUUUUGCAACAAUGUCAACAAGUUUCAAACAAGCGACCACUUGAGGAUGCUCAGGUUGACAGCGAUGUCAAUUUUCGUCAUAAGAAGAAAGAAGUGUUUAGACCUCCUCUACUCGAUGAUUGUGUGCCAUUUGAGAGAGAUAUUGGGCCUUCUUGUUCUUUUGAUUUGGCAACUGCAGAUGUUUAUUCCUAUACGGAGAUGCUAUUUGCGGGCAAACUACCUACAGACAGGGACAUCGGGGAUCCGCCUGGUGCAGAGCUUGUUCCAAAUCCACCGAACCUCCCAAGUUUGCCAUGUGUAGGUGAAGGUAUGCAAGAACCCGUCAUACGUCCAAUACCUUUGCCAGCUAGCUCUGAGGUCUCUUUGAGAGGGCCGAACCUUAGCGGUACUGAGCAAGUCAUCCAUCGCAUCAGUCUUAGUGCGGCAAUGGAUGUCAAGAGCCAUAUAGAGGAGAGGAUUUCUAAGUGCCCGUUGGAAGACCUUAUGUUGCUUAAUGAGGAUUUGUCGAAGCUUGUUUCUGUUAUUGACAACCUUAACAUUGACUCUUCAUCCUUGAAGAUCAAGAUUGCCGAGCUUAUGGCCGCCUCGACUGAGUAUUCUUCCUUGCGUGCCAUUUCCUUGGAGAAGUUGAAUCCAGAUGUUAGAGAUCAUCAGCUAGCAAUAAUAAACUCAUCACUAGCUCAAGUUCAGUCUUCUCAGCAAGCUGCUUCGGGGGAUUAUCAAGUUACAGAGACUUCUUUAUCUCAUGUCCAGGCGCGUUUAGAUACGUUGGCGAGAGAGAGAGAGAGCAGUUGGCAAUCGAAGCAUCGCAACUUGAAAGUGUUCUCGCAGAGCAAGGAACUACACUUUCUCAGUACCAAGAGGAGGUUUCACGCCUAGAACGAGAGAAAUGCAUGACUAUGGAGUUGCCCAUCUUGUCUCCUACCGAGGCAGAGA